AGAGGAGCAGCCGGCCGGCAGCAUGGAGGGCGCGGCGGGCGACCCGUACCGGCGGCCUGCUCGGCGCACGCAGUGGCUGCUGAGCGCCUUGGCGCACCACUACGGGCUGGACCGCGGCGUAGAGAACGAGAUUGUGGUGCUGGCCACCGGCCUGGACCAGUACCUGCAGGAAGUCUUCCACCACCUGGACUGCAGGGGCGCCGGUCGCCUGCCGCGUGCCGACUUCCGAGCCCUGUGCGCAGUGCUGGGGCUGAGCGCUGAUGGAGAGGCGGGCGCGGAGGACGCCAAGUCCUCGGAAGCAGCCACUGAGGAUGCCUCUGUUGCUACCGCGGCGGGCAAGGACGCGGAUGUAAAGGAGGAGGCGCGCCUGGCUCUGCGCUCAGACCCUCCGGAGCUCACCUUCCGCCAGUUCCACGCCCGCCUCUGCGGCUACUUCAGUACCCGAGCAGGACCCCGGCUGCCCCGCGGAGCCCUCAGCGAGCACAUCGAGACGCAGAUCCGCCUUCGCCGCCCGCGCCGCCGCCGCCCGUCUGGCGCGCCGCGCCUGCAAGACAACGGCUACAGUGAGCGCGUGGCACGCCUGGAGGAGGAGAACUGCAGCCUGCGCGAGCUGGUGGAGGACCUGCGGGCCGCGCUGCAGAGCAGUGACGCCCGCUGCCUGGCGCUGCAGGUAGGCCUCUGGAAGAGCCAGUCCGGCGUCCCUGAAGCCGCGGCAGUGGAGCUGCAGCGAGCGCAUAGAACGCUGGCAGCAGCAGAGGAGCGCAUAGGGCAACUCCAUCGCGGACAGGUGGAGGUGCGGCUGCGCACAGAGGAGGCCAGGCAGGCGGUGGUGCGCAGCCUGCAGCGUGUGCGUGAGCUGGAGGAGCUCGCGCGGCGCGUGCCCUGCCUGCAGCUCCAGGUGCAGCGGCUGGAGGCAGAGCUUCGACGCUACAGGUCAGAGGGGUCCCAGAUCCUAAAGCCCCAACAAGCCAGCCCACAGCCAGGAAACAAGAAUGAUGAACCCGAGGCCAGCAGAACCAGAGAUGCAGAUACCACUCCAGAGGGAGCCUGGCAGUCAGACAGCAGCUGGAGAAGCAGAGCCCCAGGCGAAGCAGAGGAUGAGCAGCUGUUCCGCUCUGUGGAGGGCCAGGCCGCCUCUGAGGAAGAUGAGGAAGAAAAGUGGUGGGAAAAGUCAAGGUCCCCAGAGGUCCAGGCCAAGAUGCCACUGGCACAGCCCUUGGCCUAUGUGAGCAGGUGUGAGGACCAGACAGCUGAGAACCUCAAGACGUCCUUUGGCCACUGUGAUAGUGCUGACCAUGCCUGCACCCUGGAGCUGGAGACCCAUGUCACCAGGCUGGGGGAGCAGCUGCAGUCCCGGGGCUGCAGCAGGGAGGCCCUGGGGACAACUGGGGAGGAGGCAGAGCUGCAGCAGAUGGUGGAGACAGAACAUCUGAGGAUGGAGCUGCAGAUGGUGGAGACAGAACGAGUCCGGCUGUCACUACUGGAGGAGAAGCUGGUAGAUGUGCUACAACUCUUGCAGAGGCUCCGGAAUCUGAAUAUAUCAAAAAAAGCCCUGGGGAAGAUUUUGCUGAGCACGCUGGACCGGAACGCCUCACAGGAGGACACAUGUGGCCCCUCGGCUGUCCUGGACACCCUGCACCAAGCCUUGGUUGACUGCGAGCUCCUGCAGAGACAGCCCUCAGCAUCAGAAUCCACAGCUCCUACACAUACCAACCCUCUCCUCAUUUCCUGCUGAGGUCCCUGGCCCAGCCUCAGGGCACCCUGGUCAUUCUAAUCACCAUCAGACCAGUCUUGGCCACCAUCACACUAGCCUCCACAGUCACCCUGACCACCUUGGGACUAGCCUUGGCCACCAUUGGACCAACCUCCACAGUCAGCCUCACUACCAUGAGAUUAGUCUCCUCAGUCAUCCUGACCAACAUCAGACCAGACUCUAUGGUUAUUUAACUACUGUCCUACUAGCCUCCAUGGUCAGCCUAAUCACUGUUGGACUGCCUUCCACCCUUAGAACAAACACUCUCCACAGGCACUCUGACUGCUGUCACUUCCUCAGAACUCUGACAGCCCAGGCUCCAAGAAUGGGUCUUGGACCCCUCUCACAUUCCCUCAGAACCCCCACACUGAAUCCCUGAAGUUGCUGGAUCAGCCUGUACCUGAUGUUAUCUUCCUUACCCUAGGCCCAGUACAGCUUAGAAUCUCUGUGCUAGAGUCCCAGGAUCUCUCUCCCUCCCAGAGCAAUCCUCUUCCCACCACUGUGCCUGCUGCAAGUAAGCCUGUCCUUCAGGACAUGCCUAGUCCACUGGUGAAUUCCCCACACCCAAAGAGUGCUAAAGAGGAGGGACAGUGGGGAGUUCCAAGGAAAAAGUACGCUCCCAUAGGUUUGCUGGUGGAAGCUGGGCUGUGUGUGAACUCCUCCUAGAAGUAGGAAGUAGGUGGCCACAAGGAAAAAGGGCAUAGACAAAGCAAAGGUGUGGUGCCAUUAAGGGGCCCACCUAUUGUAGAACCCAGGGCUCUUCCUUCUGUUCACCUUGUGGAGCCUGAAGAAGAGCUAGCUCCCACCCGACCUAAAAUCACGUUGGAAACAAGGGCAUCCUGGCUAGUUGGCACCAUAUAGGCAAGUCAGUGCUUAAUUGAGGAACAUUAUGGGAGCCCAACCAAGAGAGUGUGUCUGAGCUACAAAAGGAUGGGGGUUGUUGGUUUGCCCCAGAGGAUGAGGUGUGCUGUAGAGGCAGCAGGGGUGACAGGUGCUGAUGUGAGCCAGAAUGGGAGUGAAAGGACAGCUCAGGGGAGACUUGAAAGCAGACAGGGAUUUAAGACUUGACCACAAGCAAGAGAAAGCAAUGGGAGGCUUCUAAGCUGCCAUGUGAGGGUUAACAGGAAUUAGGAGGAGAGGGGUUGAAAAAGAGGCCAUGCAGAGCUGUGGGAGCAAGAAGACUAAAACCAGUCUGAGCCACAGCCUCAGGAGACUGGGGAGGGAGUCAAGAGGAGAAGGACAAGGAGCAAUGGGCAUUUCUGGGCAAGGGAGGAGAGGGAAGGGAGGGCUUCAAGGGCAAUGAAACCAGGCCCUAGCGUCACCCUGGCCCCUGACCAUAAGAGUCACGUAAGAUCAUAGGCAGAAGACACAGGUCUAUCCAUUUUCAAAUGGCUCUUCAGCCAUCUCAGAGGACCACUUCUGGUCCAGGUGAGUCAGGCCUAUUUGGGAAGGGCCUCAGGAUCCUCGGGGGUCAGUGCCCAUGGCACCAGAGAAACAGGUCUGAGCCCACCCAGCCCUGCUGCUCCAGGUGAACUAGUAAAUAACCACAUGACUACCCUAUGCCUGUUUGGCCUGCUCAGUGAGAGCCAGUUCUGCACCCUGUUCAGCCUAUGUGUGUGCUAGAGCUUAGCAUGGAUAAAUGUGCAAGAAAAAACUCCAGAGGACCAGGCAAAGGAAACCCCACACUUUGGCAAGUCUACCUUAGUGAGCUCUGCUAUGACUUCACAGGCAAGAUGAAAGAAAAAAUCAUCUCUUGCUUCCUGAAGGAGGAAGAUCAGUGUGAAAUCCAUUAGCACAUUCUGGGUUUUGUUUUGCUGUUUUUCUGGUGUUGAGGCUGAACCCAGGAACCAGUGCUAUAAGCAAGAACACCCCCAUGGAGCCGCACCCUGGACCCCAUUCUGUUCUUUCAAUAAGCCUUCCCUCAAGAGAAACUAUUUUGCUGGAGCCUGACAGGUACAGGUUUUAUCAGUGCCUCAACAAACAGAAAAGGGAAAUUCAUUCCCACGUCCAGAUCCCCAGAGCUGUCCCAGUCAAGGGAGAGAAAAGAAGAGGGCAAGGAUGGCCCAGCUCAGACUCACUGAAACUGAGGCCGGAUCACAGCACUGUACUAGGUUUUAUUGUUUUGCUUUCUUUGAGGAGGGUCCUACUAUGUUACUUAGGCCUCAGUUUCAGUGAGUCAGGGCCUGGGCCAAGCUUGUCUCUGGUUUUCCCUCGACUAGGCCAGGCCAGCUCUGGGAAUCUGGAUGUGGCAAUGAAUUUCCCUUCUCUCUUUAUGGAACCGUCCUCCUGCCUCCCAUGUAGCUGGGACAAUGGAUUAUAUCACCAUACCCAGCUAAUCCUGGUACUACACAACACCCAACACCCACCCCUGCCACACCUUUUACUACCACGUCACUAAAGGCUCAGCUCCUGGAGUUCCUUCCCCAGCACAUAAGAGUCUGCCUUUAGCAGAAGACAUGUCAAACUGAAGAGAAAGUCAGCUUUGACUGGGUCAGGGAGUUGGAAAACAUUAGACCAGGAACUUAAACAGCUGCGAUUAACAAGCAGGCAUUCUACCGGAAAAGCUCAACAGUGUCCAAAACCAGAUGAAUAACAACAGAGGGUCACGUUCCAAGAAAGAAUAAUUGCUGGGAAUCAUACACACUGAACAAAACGGAGACUGCUCUGACAGGCUCAGCAGUCAGCUGGACAGGGCUGAGGAAAGAAUCCCAGGAUCUAAGGAUCUGUCCCUACAAACUUCUAAAACUGAAACAAAGAGGAAAAGACUUGGAACAGGGAGCAAAAAAUCCAAGAACUGUCAGGCAACUACAAAACCCAUAACCAAAAGAGAAAAAAAGGAGCACAAACAACAUUUAAAGCAAUAAUGACUGAAUUUCCCCCCAAACUAAUGUCAGACACCAGAUCACAGAUCUAGGAAACUCAGAGAGCAUGAGCAGAACAAAUGCAAAAGAAAAAAAUUAAAAUUACAUCUGAGCCAGUCCUGGUGAUGUACACCUAUAACCCCAUCAUUUGAAAGGCUGAGGUAGGAGGACCAGGAGUUCAAGGCCUGGGCUAUAUAGUGAGGACCCACCUCCACCCCAAUCUCAA